CCUCUACAUCUUCCAGCUACUUACCGGAGCAUCAACCGUCGAAGCUGCAAACUCCUCUCCUUCCGAUGUUCAUCCUCCUCCUUCUCCGAGAAGCACCACAACGCGAAUCCGCGAUAUCAAAUGACCUAGUAGAGCUUCCUCUCUUCCCACUAACUCUCGUUCUCUUCCCCGGCGCAACAAUUCCGCUUCAGAUCUUCGAGUUCCGUUACCGAGUCAUGAUGCAGACGCUUGUCCAAUCCGAUCUCAGAUUCGGCGUUGUCUACUCCGACGCCGUUUCAGGUUCCGCAGCUGGAAUCGGUUGCGUCGGAGAAAUCGUGAAGCACGAGCGUCUCGUCGAUGAUCGAUUCUUCUUAAUCUGUAAAGGUCAGGAACGAUUUCGCGUCACAGAUCUCGUCCGUACGAAACCUUACCUCGUCGCGAAGGUGACGUGGCUUGAAGAUCGACCGUCCGGGGAAGAGAAUCUGGACGAAUUGGCGAACGAGGUUGAGGUUUUGAUGAUAGAAGUGAUUCGAUUGUCGAAUAGAUUGAAUGGGAAACCAGAUAAGGAAUCUCAGGAUCUGAGGAAGAAUCAGUUUCCGACUCCGUUCUCGUUUUUCGUCGGAAGCACGUUUGAAGGAGCUCCAAUGGAGCAGCAAGCGUUGCUGGAGCUUGAAGACACGACGGCGAUUAAGCCCAAAACGACGUCGUUUUAGGUAAUAACGGAAUCGUUAACGGCUGUUAUCGGAUCUGUUAACGACAGAUAACAGCGUGUG